AUGAUAAAAUCAUAUAUUAUUUUUGUUAGCAUCAUUAUUAUUAUCAACUUUACCUUUAUCACUUCAAAUGAUACAUGUGACACUCCAUCACACAACGAUUGUCCAUCAUGUUUGAAUAUAUCAGGUUGUGCUUUUUGUAAAAAUGAUAAAAAAUGUCAUCCAUAUCAGGUUGGACAAAAAGAACCUUGUUCAAUAUCCGAUUUGCAAGUACAAACAUGUUUAGCUACUGCUAAAAUAUGGAUUAUUGUUCUCGGUUCAGUUGGUGGUGUUGUUUUAAUUGCUGUAGUGAUUAUUGUAUGGUGUAUUUGUAAAAAAUGUAGACAACGUUCAAUAUUAUCAGAAAACAAGAGACAAAAUGAUAAUGAUCAACGAAUGGAAGAACGACGAACUGCAGCUGAAGCUCGAUCGGCUGAACGAAGUCAAGCAGCUGAUGUACUUCGUAUGAAAUAUGGUCUUCUUAAAAACAAAGAAAGUAAUAAUGACUAUCAACGUAUGAGUUAA